GUAGCUCUGAUUAGACUCCUAGCCUGGGAACCUCCAUAAGCCAUGGAUGCGGCCCUAAAAAAGACAACAACAACAACAAAAACACAGGUGUUCAAAGUUUAUAUGUGCCGCAUUAGUAAGGAAAGCAUAAAGAACAAGGAAAAAGAAAAAGAAAACACGUAUUGAUGUUCCUGUAUUCAAUGUUUUCACUGGAAUUCAUAUGACGGGGGAAGUUUAAAAACAAACUUCUGGCCAAAUAAAACUGUUUGCUUCUGGGUAUCUCACACUGUCUGUUGCUAGCCAAGAACAUCAGAGUCCUCUUCAUUCCCCUGACCUGGCAACGAAAAGAAAUGAGGGCAGGUUGCCCCAGUAACAGCAGAUGACACUCCCCAACACUGCUGACUCUGACUGUGGAAUUUCAGGAGCACACACACAACUGAAUUUGAUGCUGACUUUGGCUUCAUUAAGUGACUUAAGGCCACAAGUUAUUAACCAUGCUUCGGCAGAACCAAUCUUUGACUCCGAUGAUGAUUUCUAUGGAAAGUGGAUAUUAACAAAUUGCAUUCAUUGCUAAAUUUUGAGCCUCAUCUGCUGACAGUCUAAACUCUUUGUCAUUCUCUUCAUAAAGAGUGCUCAAAUUUUAUGACUUCUAAACACCUCCAAUCAUAAAUUUUCUGCUUAAAUGUCUUCACCUGCCUUCUCUAAAGGAAUAUUUAGUCAACAUUUUAAACUGUUUAACUUUAUAGAAGGAAAAUUAGGAGUGGAGGGAAGGUCUUUAGAGAGCACCAGGCGUGAAGCUGGGGAGGCACCCCGAAAGAAGUUCAGGUUCAGGUUUCCAGAAGUGCAGGUGAGUUUGCCGGUUGGGACCAUGCCAUCCCCCAGAUUGCACUGACAGUGUGUGUAAUAGGGAUCACACUAUAGAUGAGGCAAGAAACAGAAAGAAUAAAAGCCCCAAAGCAGCCCUUACAUGACUCUAGAGAAGACCAAAUUAGUCUUUGUGUUUUCCAGGCUCUUGAACUGUUCACAGAUGUUCCUUCCAAGAGCACUCUAAGCUACAAAUGCAUGCUUCCCACAUGCUCCUCACCCUCUCCUUUUCUCAGUGCUGACUCACUGGUCUCUUUCACAGAAGAAGGAAAAAACCUAAUUCACAGCAAAUUAAUAAUUGGAGAAGAAAUAACUUCAUUAUAUUCUUUUGGUGGUAUGUGCAUUUUAAGGGUCUUAGAAGGCAAUGCCUCACCAGAAGAAGAUGCCAUCUUGCUGAGAAAUUUAGACAAUGAGAGGGUACUUGGGGGCAGGAAGAACAUGCUCCCAUCCCUAAAGACCCUCCCAUGGUGAUUAUCUAUUCAUAACAUUUUUAAAAAAGUGAUCUUUUGCAUGGAUGCAUCAAAAUUAUUUCGAAGUGCUAUCUGUAUUAUGCAAAAGAACCUCAAACCUUCUUUUACUCUCUUCUUCAGCCUGUUUCUGAUACCCAAACCCUGUGCUUGAUUGUAAAACCUUAAGAGAAUCCAAAGACAAAAGUGUCUACAAAAGUAAACAAAGUUCUUAACUUAUACAGGUAUACCUUCAUGGGUUUAUAAAGCCAUAAAAUUUAUUCCUCCGAUUUAACCAUUCUUGAGGGUUGAAACCACCAGGUUCCCAUGCAGUGUAUUUUGUCACGUUUAUGGGCCCAGAACUACCUUCACCAAGGGUAGGGCUUUUCUUGCAUUUAGUUUAAGAUUUUUUUUUAAAUAAAUAAUUUUUGCUUGCUAACUUAUGCUUUUCUCUCACUUUUCCCCCACUCCCCUCUACCCCUUAUAUUUCUCAGGACAAAUGUUGCCUUUCACUUCACUGCCAGUCCCUCUCAACCUCAGUAUUUUCUAUACAAAUUCCCUGAAGAUGUGGACUCAGUUAUCAUUAAAGUCAUGUCUGAAAAGGCUUAUCCAUGUUCUGUUGUUUCAGUCCAGAAUAUCAUGGUCUUUUUGUCCUCACCAUUAUGGACUUUCUCCCUUCUUGUUGUUAUUUUUAUGUCUUAUGCAGAAGAAGGAUUUUCCAGGUGAGCAGUUCUUUGUGGUGUUUGUGAUAAAGCCUGAAGAUUAUACCUGUGGAGGAUCUUUCUUCAUCCAGGAAAAGGAGAACCAGACCUGGAAUCUACAACGUGCAAAGAACCUUAAAGUGACCAUUGUACCUUCCAUUAAAGAAUCCGUUUAUGUGAAAUCCAUUCUUCUCAGUUUCCUCAUCUUCUUCUCCUUCUACUUGGGAUGCCUGUUUAUUGCAUUUGUUCAUUAUAUCAGGUUUCAGAGAAAAUCCAUUGAUGGAAGCUUUGGUUCCAAUGAUGGCUCUGGAAACAUGUCGGUGUCACAUCCCAUUGCUGCCAGCACCCCUGAAGGAAGCAAUUAUGGGGCAAUAGAUGAGUCAAGCUCCAGUCCUGGCAGGCAAAUGUCCUCCUCUGACGGUGGGCGGCCGUGCCCGUCAGACACGGACAGCUCCGUAGACGAGAGUGACUUUGACACCAUGCCCGACAUAGAGAGCGACAAGAACGUCAUCCGGACCAAGAUGUUCCUUUACUUGUCAGAUCUGUCCAGGAAGGACCGGAGGAUUAUCAGCAAAAAAUAUAAGAUUUAUUUUUGGAACAUCAUUACCAUUGCUGUGUUUUAUGCACUGCCUGUGAUCCAGCUAGUCAUCACCUACCAGACAGUGGUCAACGUCACUGGCAACCAGGACAUCUGCUACUACAACUUCCUCUGUGCUCAUCCCUUGGGCGUCCUGAGUGCCUUCAACAACAUUCUCAGUAACCUGGGCCACGUGCUCCUGGGCUGCCUCUUCCUGCUGAUAGUCUUGCGCCGGGAUAUUCUCCAUCGAAGAGCCCUGGAAGCCAAGGACAUCUUUGCCAUGGAGUAUGGGAUUCCCAAACACUUCGGUCUCUUCUAUGCCAUGGGCGUCGCACUGAUGAUGGAAGGGGUGCUCAGCGCUUGUUACCACGUCUGCCCCAAUUACUCCAACUUCCAAUUUGACACAUCCUUCAUGUACAUGAUCGCCGGCCUCUGCAUGCUGAAGCUCUACCAGACCCGCCACCCAGACAUUAAUGCCAGUGCCUACGCCGCCUAUGCCUCCUUCGCCUUGGUCAUCACGCUCACCGUCCUUGGAGUGGUGUUUGGGAAAAAUGACCUGUGGUUCUGGAUCAUCUUCUCUGCAAUCCAUAUUCUGGCUUCUCUGGCCCUCAGCACCCAGAUCUACUACAUGGGUCGGUUCAAGAUAGAUGUGUCUGACACAGAUUUGGGGAUUUUCCGGCGGGCAGCUAUGGUGUUCUACACGGACUGCAUCCAGCAGUGCAGCCGGCCUCUGUAUAUGGACAGAAUGGUGCUGCUCAUCAUGGGGAAUCUGAUUAACUGGUCCUUUGCCCUCUUUGGACUGAUCUAUCGACCCAGGGACUUUGCUUCCUACAUGCUGGGCAUCUUCAUCUGCAACCUGCUGCUCUACCUGGCCUUCUACAUCAUCAUGAAGCUUCGCAGCUCUGAGAAGGUCCUCCCGAUCCCUCUCUUCUGCAUCGUCGCCACCGCUGUGGUGUGGGCCGCCGCCCUGUAUUUUUUCUUCCAGAAUCUCAGCAGCUGGGAGGGAACACCAGCAGAAUCCCGGGAGAAGAACCGAGAGUGUAUUCUGCUGGAUUUCUUCGAUGACCAUGACAUCUGGCACUUCCUCUCUGCCACUGCCCUGUUUUUCUCAUUUUUGGUUUUGUUAACCCUGGAUGAUGACCUGGAUGUUGUUCGGAGAGACCAGAUCCCUGUCUUCUAAGCCUCUAGCAUGAAGAGGGGGAAGAGGGAGCCAUCGAUCUUGGUGCUGUUUCAUGAAAAUUACAGGGGCUGCAGCAAAGUAACCACUGCCAAAUGCUCCACUGACCCUCUGUCUGGUUGGCUCUGUACACAUUCCCACAGGGAGGAAGGGAGCUGCAGGGGGACCCAAGCCUGCAGGGAGGGAGACAGAAGGGAGCCACAGCUGUGGACAGAGGCAAGCCCUGCAGAGCUAAAAACACCCACCAUCCCCUUCUGUCGCUACUCUGAGUUAGAAAUGGAUAAAAGCUGCUUCAAAGUCAGCUAUCUUGGGACCCUUCCCACCCUCACCUGAGAUGGGCCAGCCAUGGCAGAACCAUGCUGCACUCUGCCCUCAGCUGCCACCCUGCCCAGAAAGGCCAACAGCUCAGAUUUCCUGCCCAGAAACUCUCUGUAACUACAACCUCUGUUCUAGACAUUCCCAAACACUGGCCUGUCUCUCCAAGGUCCUGGGGUGACAUGAUUCAUAUGAGUCUGGUAGAGGGUUGGCCCCUACUAACUGGGACAGAUGUUUUAUAGCGCCACCUGGUCACCUCCUCCGCAAGAAUGCUGUAUGCUUCCCCCUGGUUCCUGACUGUAUUAGGAGGACUCCAUGUCAUCAGGCUGUGUCUCCUGCUGCUGAGGGGUAACAGUAUCUCCCUGUUGUGUGCUGACCCAAUGACUCAGGCUCUACCUUCUUGGCAAGGCCCUGUUACUCCAUGGGCUGGCCUCGAGGUGGAAGGGGAAAGGGGAAACCACUUCCAGCAGCAGGAGGAGCUAGACAAAUGACCUGCAACACUAGGACACUGGUGACAUCAGCUUUCAGCAAGCGGGCUCAUGCUAAGGACUGGGGCACUCUUGGAGCAGAUGCAGCAAAGGCAAAACUGCUUCCUCCUGCCCCCAGUUCUAAUAGCUCCAUUCCAUGCCCGCAUCACCCUUGAGGAGGAAAGAAGUGUUCCAGCCAGGGGCCACUGCCAAGCCCUCCUCUGCUGUCUUUUGCAGACCAGAGGCUCCAGACUUCCCUUGAGGUUCUCUGCAGGUCACUCUCCCUCCUCCUCUUCGGCUGUAAAGAGCACAGUGGCUUUAGGGUUGUCUCAUCAAUGUACCCAAUUCACAUUCUCUCCCCAGGACCACACUGAAAACCUCAGUGUCCCACUUCACUCUCACACUGUCUGGCAGCUCUGCCCACAGGAAGUUUCACUUCGACCAAACUCCCUUGUUCCCUGGAAUAUGAUGUCAUCAGAAAGUGUACAGGCAAAUGCGCUCACAGAGAUAUAUUUGCCUGUGAAACUGAAGUCACCCCUCACUUCCGCCUUCCUCAUUCUUCAUUAGAGAAAUGGAUCAGCCAUUCUUUUAAAAUAUAUAUAGUUCUUUCUCUAAAAUAUUUGCGUAAUGUUCAAAAACUCAUUUUGGACAUUUGGCAUAGCACACAUUCCCUGAUUUUUAAAAAACACAAAAACGCUUUCAAUGAAACAUGAUUUUUUUUCCUACAAUGCCCCCAAAUUUGCAGUCGUCUGUUAUUCUUUAUUCCUAAAAAUUGUUGGCUUGUCUAGGCCAUACGCAGACCACCUAUUAAAUGGCUGUAUUAAAUCUAACACCUAAAAAAAAUUUCAAACCUGUUUGACUUGGCUGAUUUAACCUAAUUCUUUUAUUUUUAAUGCAUUAAAGUAUUUCAAAUACAAAAAAGAAGAGAAAAAAAAAUUGAGGGAGGUGGAAGAAAGUCUGUUCAGGUAGCCCUGUGACCUGAAGUGAAUAAACUAUAGGACACAUCGGCUCUUCAGUAGCUUGCUUGGCAAAUAUGUCCAUGGAAAUGGGGAGGGAGCCCUAUAGAACUGGAUGGAUUGUGCUGCUGUGUUCUUGACCGUUUUCUGACAAUGUCUGCCUUGUGCUAUAAACUCACACAUUGUGGUCAGUUCUCCACAGCAGGAUGAAAAACCCAGAGCAAGCCUGCUCUUAUAAAAAUCAAUUUUAAAUGUA